GCUGUAUUCUGGGAAUGCUCUUCUAGUGUUUUCAGCAUGAAAUCGUCACAUAGCUGUUACAUCAUCGCCACCAUUGUCCGUAUGUCUCGGUGUCUGGCAUUGGUCGUCUUCCUCCUGGUCGCAGGACGGGCCCACACACAACAGUGCAACGUUGAUGACAAUGUUCGAUUUGACUGCUUUCCUGAAGACGGUGUUACUCAGUCUAAAUGUGAAGCACGGGGUUGUUGUUGGAGACUUCCUAAAUCAUCUGGAAACCACACUACUCCUCCCCGCCGUGGAGGUAGACUACUUCCUACACAAGAUGUGCCAUACUGUUUUUAUCCAUCUGACUACCCUACGUAUAGUCUGUCUAAUUUGAAAGAAACAGAUUAUGGGUAUACUGGUGAUCUGAGGAGAAGCACUCACAGCUAUUACCCAAAAGACAUCAUGCAGUUAAAACUUGAUGUUUAUUUUGAAACAAAUACUCGACUACACUUCAAGAUUUAUGAUGCUAAUAGUCAGAGAUAUGAAGUACCCAUCGAGACACCAAAGGUUACUAAGAAGGUGCCUCGUCCAAAUUAUGAAGUGGACUUCGUGCAUGAGCCAUUCAGUUUAAGAGUAGCCAGAUUUGACUCGGGACAAGGAAUGAAUGAGACUUUAUUUAAUACCAAUAUUACAAGAUCAUUUAUGUUUACUGAUCAGUUUAUUCAAAUCUCGUCAAUUCUACCAACUUCUUACAUUUAUGGUUUGGGUGAACACAGAGCAGGAUUUCUUCACAGUCUUAACUGGACAAGGUUAACAAUGUGGGCCAGAGAUAUACCACCUGUGUAUGUAUUCUUGGGUCCCAGUCCUGAUCAGGUGAUACAGCAAUACACUGAGGUGAUUGGCCGACCGUUUAUGCCGCCAUAUUGGAGUCUGGGAUUUCAUCUAUGCAGGUGGGGGUAUGGCAGUUCUGAUAAAACACAGCAAGUAGUAGAGAAAAUGAGAAAAGCUGGAAUACCUCAGGAUGGCCAAUGGAAUGACAUUGAUUAUAUGGAUAAACAUCUUGAUUGGACGUAUGAUAAGACAAACUUUUCUGGUUUAAGUGAUGUUGUGAAAGAUCUACACGACCAUGGACAACAUUAUGUUAAUAUCAUUGAUCCAGGCAUCAGUAACCAACAACCUAAGGGGUCUUAUGCCCCUUAUGAUGAUGGUUUGUCAAUUGGAGCAUUCAUUACUUUUGCUAAUGGUUCACUUGUGAAAGGCCAGGUAUGGCCUGGUGAGACUGUGUACCCAGAUUUUACCAACCCAGUCACAAAAGUAUGGUGGACAGCUGAAGCCAAGGCGUAUCAUGAUAAAAUCAAUUACGAUGGUUUAUGGAUUGAUAUGAAUGAACCUUCUAAUUUUGUUGAUGGAUCAAUACUUGGUUGCCCCGACAACAGUUAUGAACACCCACCAUAUACACCAGAUGUACUUGGCGAUAAGUUAUCAGCAUUUACUGUAUGUGUAUCAGCCAAGCAAUACUGGUCAACACAUUAUAAUGUACAUAAUUUAUAUGGAAUGUCAGAAAUGAUCGCUUCCCAUGAUGCCCUUGCUAACAUCAGAGGAAAGCGACCGUUAGUGAUAUCACGAUCUACGUUCCCUAGUAGUGGCAAAUAUGGUGGGCAUUGGUUGGGAGAUAAUAACAGUUUGUGGAAAGAUAUGUGGUAUUCAAUACCGGGUAUACUAAAUUUCAACUUGUUUGGUAUUCCAUUGGUUGGUGCUGACAUAUGUGGUUUUGGUGGUACCACCACAGAAGAACUUUGCCAAAGAUGGCAGCAACUAGGAGCUUUUUAUCCAUUCUCACGAAAUCACAACACACUGGGGUCAAAGGAUCAAGACCCCACGUCAUUUAGUCCAGCAAUGCAGAAAUCUACCAGAGAUAUUCUUCUCAUUAGAUAUUCAUUAUUACCAUAUCUAUAUACUUUAUUCCACAAAGGUCAUGUGACUGGUUCAACCAUUGUCAGACCACUAUUUUUUGAAUUCUCAAUGGACCAAGAGGCCUUCACCAUUGACAGACAGUUUCUGUGGGGAUCAUCUUUACUCAUAUCACCAGUAUUAGAGGAGAAUGCGACCAGUGUCAAUGCUUAUUUUCCGGCUGACACCUGGUAUGAUUUUUACACUGGUACAAGAGUGACCAGUCAACCAAGUAAAGGAAAAAUGAUAACCCUAGAUGCUCCGCUAGAUAAACUUAACCUACACGUGAGAGGCGGCCGUAUCUUGCCGACACAGGAUCCUAAUACCACCACUACUGCUAGUAGAAAUAACAAAUAUGGACUGAUUGUAGCAAUGUCGAUGGGUUCUGUAGCUAAUGGAGAGUUAUUCUGGGAUGACGGCGACACAUUAAGUACUUAUGAAAAUGGCAAAUACAUAUUUAUGAAGUUUUCAGCUGUUGAUAAUAAAAUCACUUCCACUGUUAUUAAAAAUGGAUAUCCAUAUGCUGAUAAAAUGGAGCUGGGUUCAACAAGAGUGUUUGGUGUUGCUAAGCAACCAACCAGUGUUUCAGCCAAUGGUAAAGCAGCAACUUUUACAUAUGAUAGCAAAACACAGAUGUUGACUGUAUCGGACAUGUCAUUGCCAAUGAAGGUGCCAAUAAACAUCACUUGGAAGUAUUGAUUACUCAUUGAGACUGCCAAAAACCACUUUAGCAUCCAGCCACUCCUAGCAUCAAAGAGUAAAAUAAGAUAUGGAUCCGUGCGAUGUUCAUAUUAACAAAUAACAUAUACACAGUAUUGUAUUUUACUUUUGACCUAAAUCAUAGUUUAAAGGUGGUGGCCGCUGCGACACAUAUUAAUCAAGAUAUUAAUGAAUAUAUAAACAUAGAUUUUAUGCAUUAAUGUGCUACACGACAACCACCACCUUUUACAGCCAUUCUGAGAAUUAGUCAGUCAGUCAGCAAGAUGCCUUGUAACUUUGCAUUAUGUCCAAUUUAGACUUGAUGGCGCCGAUCCUUUGACACAUGCACAGUUUAGAUCAUUCGUUAGAAUAUAUGAGCAGGUUAUCUUGAAGUGUUUAAAAAUUGUUUUUGAAUCACAUACAAUGUGGAUACUCAAGAAAUGAAGAAAAUCACUAUGUUGAUAAUCUCAACAGUGAAUCCUACAGAGCACACUAUCCUGCAAACUGACUGUCUAAAUAAUUCUCAGGACCACUUUAAGGUCAUAAGAUACAUAAGAAAUAAGUAAACAUUAAAUACAUGCAAGAUACCUACAUAUGUACCUUGUUGGAUCACUGGCUACAGCAUGCAAAUAACUAGAGAGAAAUAUUUGUUUUCUGGGGGUUUAGGUGCUAUUUAUGAAUAUUGCUUUUACUUAAUAUCCCAUGGUGCUGUUUUGCAUGAAUUGAAAAGUACACACAAAAUAUUGAUAAUCACAGACUAGUAGGCAGGGAAACCAGAUUAAAUUGUGCAGGUACCAGAUCUUCAAGUAGCAGAUUAUUCAAUUGUGAUUGGCUUGAUUUACAUUGAUUGCCUUGGCUAGAUUUACAUGUACAUUCAUAUUAGUAUAAAAUGUCCAUUGUGAUGUGCCAAACAUUUUCUUAACAUCAUAAUAUGCAAAUACAAUAUAAUUCUGAUCUGAAAUAAUGAGCCUAAUAAAAUUAAACACUGCAAACCUAUAUAUUUGUGUUUUUGUAUGUAAUAUAUAAAUCCAAAAUACAAUUUUAUGAAACAGA